UUUUUAUUAUAGUCAAAAGUGUGAAAUAUAAUGGAACUAUUACUGUACAUAAUCAUUUUCGGUUAUCUUUUUAAUCGGACCGAAUUGAAGCCGAUUGAUGAAAGUGUUACACUGAAACUUCCCAUGGCUAUUGAGAGUGGAAUGAACAUUAUACUAGGAGGAAUAUUAAACAACGAACACGACCAAUUAAGCUUAACGUUUUCGGGGGAAAAGAUGAGUGCACAAGAUGAGUGCCAUGUUAAAUAUAUUCCUGAAGAAAAAAAGUUUCUCCUGACCAACGACGGCGUAGAAACUUCUGUUUCUUUGCCGAAACUAAAGACUAUAUCGUAUCCUUCACCAUUCGUUUUACAAUUUAACGCCAGAACCGUUUUAGAAAAUGAUACAGAUAAACAUGUAAUGGAAUUAUAUUACGAAGGAGCUGGAAUCGUCCGAGGGUCUUUAGGAGAAUUCAUUAACUUCCAUUCUUUUGAUUUAGUCGAUUCUAUUACUGUGAAAGGUUUCUCAAAUGUUCAUAAUGUUACGUUCAGUUUUAAAAGAGAAGAAAUACAGUUACUUAAAUAAGUAACCAAAGCAAUUAUUUAAAGUGUAUAAUACUUUUAUAAAGAAAAUAACUUUCAAUGCAAAGAUUUUGCUUGUUCCUACAUCGGUUGCAAGUUUUAGUUCUAUAAAAA